AUUGGUGGGUUUUCCGGAAGCGAUGGAUUCGGAAUCUCGUCCGCAGCCACGCAAAACCGAGCGGCUGUGUGCGGUGCGUGGUGCGUGAGCCCCCAGCGCAGACCGGGAUGUUUGUCCUGGUGGAGAUGGUGGACACGGUGCGGAUCCCCCCUUGGCAGUUUGAGAGGAAGCUCAACGACUCCAUUGCCGAGGAGCUGAACAAGAAGUUGGCCAACAAGGUCGUGUACAACGUGGGACUCUGCAUAUGUCUGUUUGAUAUCACCAAACUGGAGGAUGCCUAUGUAUUCCCUGGGGAUGGCGCAUCACACACCAAAGUCCAUUUUCGCUACGUGGUGUUUCAUCCAUUCCUAGACGAGAUUCUGAUUGGGAAGAUCAAAGGCUGCAGCCCAGAAGGAGUGCACGUCUCUCUAGGCUUCUUCGAUGACAUUCUCAUCCCCCCAGAGUCACUGCAGCAGCCAGCCAAGUUCGACGAAGCGGAGCAGGUGUGGGUGUGGGAGUAUGAGACGGAGGAAGGAGCGCAUGACCUCUACAUGGACACCGGCGAGGAGAUCCGCUUCCGGGUGGUGGACGAGAGCUUUGUUGACACGUCCCCCACGGGGCCCAGCUCAGCAGAUGCCACCACUUCCAGUGAGGAGCUGCCAAAGAAGGAGGCUCCAUACACGCUUGUGGGAUCCAUCAGUGAGCCAGGCCUGGGCCUUCUCUCCUGGUGGACCAGCAACUAGCCCUGGGGCUGGACAGUGGACCCUACCAGCCUGCAGGAAGGUGCUACGGCAGUCUGUGAAGACAAGAGCAGCUAAGGCUGAUGCUAACAGCAGCUGAGGCUAAUGUGUCUCGAGCUGGACAGUGGGGCAGGGCCAGGAGUGCCCACCAGCUUGCCCCCCUCCUCCACCAUCUAGGCCCUGCUCCUCCCCCCGGAGCUUCUCAAGUUGCUGCUUUCAGUGACAGCAAAGCCAUUUAAUAAACAAUGGCAGCAUCAGAAGGGAAGGGG